GUCACGAAGGGGAGGGUAAGCUGCCUGCUGCGCGCUCCAGGGGUGACAGGCCACGAGAGCGCGCAAGUGAAGGGACAGUGGCACAACCCAGAGACACCGAGUGACCAAGUCCGUGAGAAAAGGGACACGGGAAAAGGAGACAGAAGUGUGAAUCAUUUCAGCUUUCUCAUCUACACCAGAACAAGCAGUGCUUUCUUUAUGUACAUCAGUAUUGUAUGCAGUGGAUAUAUUAAUGUAUUUCACGCAGCGCAAGAUGACACAUUGGAAUACAAGAGGAAAUUUCAAAUGAUUUGGUGCCUUUUUAUUUCAUUUUUGAUGUUCUAACUUUUUUAUUUUGUUCCAAUGGAGAAUGGAUUAUUGAAAAAAAAUAAAAAAAUAAUGCAGAGCAAGGGAAUAUCCUGCUAAUCUGGUUUUUGACUGGUUUGAUCUGCAGACAACUUGCCUUCUUGUUUUAGCAUUUCUUGUUUAUAUCCGAGAGAAGCUUUCAGUAAAUCUGAUGGAAAUUUGAAUAUAAACUACUAAAAAUGAACCACUGUGCAGUGAAGAGUGGACUCUUUUGAAAGCAUCUCCUGCAAGUCAGGAGAGGAAGUCAAGGAUGGCGUCAAAAGAGAGACUAUAUGAACUUUGGACGCUGUAUUGCAAAAAGAAAAACCCGGAUUUCUUGCAGCUGUGGUUGGAUAGUUUUGUUUCUAGUUAUGAACAGUUCCUUGAUGUUGACUUUGAGGAGAUGCCAACCAGGGUUGAUGAUGAACCACCAGGAUUAUCACUACUUCCAGACCAUAUAAUGCCUGUCCUUAGGAUUCAGCUGCUACAUUGCGUACAAAAGACAGCUGAUGGUUUAGAGGAGAAGCAGCAGGCUCUCGCACUCUUGCUUGUCAAAUUUUUCAUCAUCAUUUGCAGAAAUCUGUCCAAUGUUGAGGAGAUUGGGAGCUGUUCCUACAUCAACCAUGUGAUCACAAUAACAACACUCUAUGUCCAGCAGCUGAAAAGCAAAACAAAAGAAAAAGAAUUCACAGACCAAUCAGCAAUUGAAGAAUUUGUUAGGCAUGCACUGGCAUUUUGUGAGAGCCUCUAUGACCCAUAUCGAAACUGGAGACAAAUUGUUGCAGGAAGGAUUCUUAGUCCAGUAGAGAAGAGUAGGCAGAAGUACAAAGCAGCCCCUCUUACAGUGGAAUUUAUACCCUUCUUUUACCAAUGCUUUCAAGAAAGUGAGCAUCUCAAGGAGAGCUUAAAAUGUUGUUUGCUACAUCUCUUUGGAGCAAUUUUAUCUGGCGGGCAGAGAAAUGCACUUCAAGUCAUCUCACCGGCAACCAUGGAGGUUUUGAUGCGUGUCUUGGCAGAUUGUGACACAUGUGAUGACCGUGACCCAGAUGAAGUGAGCCGUAAGGCAGAGCUAACCCUCAAGUGUCUGACAGAAGUUGUUCACAUCCUGCUGAUUAGCAGCUCUGACCAGAGGCAGGUUGAGAUCAGCACCAUUCUGGAGCAUUACUUUAAGCUGCUUAACUCAGAUCAUUCAGCUUUACAUAGCUUGAAGAGGUCCAGGCAGUGGGAGAACAGGUUCAUCACACUUCAGAUAAAGAUGCUAAACUGCAUGACUGCGAUGUUAAACUGCACAGACAGACCAGUUCUCCAAGCUAUUUUCCUCAAUAGCAACUGUUUUGAACAUCUAAUUCGACUGCUUCAGAACUGUAGGCUUUUGUUAAGCGCUAACACUAGAGGGGCAGACAAGAGUGAAAAAGAACUUGCCAACAAAUUACUGACAGAAAUGAAUGAUAAUCAGGUGUUUCAGGAACAUCUAGAUUCCUUAUCAGUAACUACUAUCCAAGCACUUACAGCAGUCAAGCACAAAUCUCCCUCGGCAAAGGAAGUAUUUAAAGAAAGAAUUGGCUAUACACAGUUUUUUGAUGUGUUAAAAUCUUUGGGCCAACCAUCCCGACUGUUUCUGGAAGAGCUUCUAAAUAUGGCUGUUGAAGGAGAUCAUACCUCUGUUGGAAUUUUGGGCAUCAGCAAUGUGCAUCCUUUAUUGCUGCUUAUUCAGUGGUUGCCAGAGAUUGAAUCACAUGAUUUACAAAUCUUCAUUGCAGAUUGGCUGAAGAGGAUCUGCUGUAUAAACAAGCAAAGCCGCACAAUGUGUGUUAACGCCAAUAUGGUCAUCUGCAUCAUAGACUCACUGAAAUCUCAUUUCUCUCUUCAUCGUAGCUGUGCUGAAAACCUAAUUGGUCUUUUAGGCUCAUUGGGGAGCCAAUCACUGAGCUCAGAAGAACUUUUUCAUCUGUUCAGCUUAUUGAGGACUGAUGAUCCUAAGCUGAGCCACCCAUAUGUAACUUCUGUCAUCCGGGCAAUGCUUGCAAUUGCACGUAAGCAGGGAUUGGAAAGUGCCUUGCAGUACUUCAAUUUGUCACAUAGCUUAGCAGGCAUUGCUGUACCCAUCAUCCAGAAAUGGCCGGGCUCUGCAUUUACCUUUAGUGCUUGGUUUUGUCUUGACCAAACCCAGACGAUUAUUGGUUUGAGUAACAGUGGGCUGAAGAGGAAACAAUUAUAUAGUUUUUUUACCAACAGUGGUAUGGGUUUUGAAGCCUUUAUUACCUCUUCUGGAGUCUUAGUUGUUGCAGUGUGCACCAAAAAGGAAUAUGCAACAGUAAUGUUGCCAGAACAUUGUUUCUGUGACUCUCUAUGGCACAGUGUAACAAUUGUUCACAUUCCUGGAAAAAGACCAUUUGGACAAAGUCUUGUAAAUAUCUAUGUGAACGGGCAACAGAAAGUUUCUGCACCACUCAAGUUUCCUUCUAUGAGUGAACCAUUCACUUACUGUUGCAUUGGGUCCGCUGGACAAAGGACAAACACUCCACCGCCCUCUCAGAUUCCUGAUCCACCAGUGUCUCCUCCAAGUGCAUCCAACAGGUCAUCGUUUGGUGGAAUUCUGUCAUCCCCCUCGUGGGGUUCUUCACAUGGAAAAACAGAUUCAAUGACCAAGUUCAUUUCGGCAGGGACCCAGGAUAGUGAGUGGGGUUCACCAACUUCCUUAGAAGGUCAACUUGGAUCUGUUCUCAUAUUUCAUGAGGUUCUGCAAGCUGCUCAAGUGAAGGAGCUGUAUUUGGCUGGGCCUAAUAGCUUGAGUCCAUGGAAAUCACAGGAACCUGACUUAGCAGAUUUACCCAGCAAACUGCUUCUUUAUUACACUCCUAAGGCUUGCAAAAGCCCAAUUUGCUUAGACCUGUCUGUGAACCUUUCACAUGGAAGAUUAACUGGGAACAAAGUUGUCAACUGGGAUAUAAAGGACAUGAUAAACUGUAUUGGGGGGUUGAAUACAUUAUUUCCAUUGCUGGAGCAGAUCAGCUGCCUGAAUGAAUUCUCAUGGGACAAAUCUGAGGCUAUUGCACUGCCUCCUGAACUUCUAACACCUUUGGAAGGAGAUUUUGUUGUACUGACAUCCCCAAAAGCUUCAGAAGCCCGCCUGGAAAAGAACAUUGUAGCUACUUUUGUUUUAUUGCUGAAGCACUUUAUUCAGAGACAUCCAAUUAAUCAGAAUAACCUCAUUCAUUCACAUGGAGUCGCUACAUUGGGAGCUCUGUUGCAAAAGGUUCCAGCUUAUUUUAUGGAUGUAAAUGUGCUUAUGGCUGUGCAGCUGUUAAUAGAGCAGGUAUCAGUGGAAAAAAAUACUCAACUUCUGCAACAGAUGUACCAACACUUGCUUUUUGAUUUCCGUAUCUGGAAUCGUGGAGAUUUCCCAUUCCGAAUAGGUCAUACACAGUAUAUUUCCACCAUUGUGAAGGACAGCAGAGAACUCUUCCGAAAAAAGUAUGGUGUGCAAUUUCUCCUAGACACAAUCAGGAUUUAUUACAGUAAAGAAAACUCUUUGGCACAGGAUGAUCUAACAACAAUAAGAACAUCCCUCUUUGGUCUGAUUAAAUAUUUCAUAAGCAAAUCUGUGCCUGUAGAGGAAAUUCAAAGCAUUAUAGGAUACAUAGCAGCUAUUAAUGAUGAGGAACAGCUGUGUGGAAUUUUAGAGGUUAUCCUACACCUCCUUAGCACAAGCCCAAAACGGGACCAGUUGUUCUUGCUACUGUUUGAGCCAGGAAACGCUGAUAUACUUUAUACUUUGCUGCUAAACCAGAGAUAUACGGAUAGACUGAAGGAGCUUGUCUUCAAGAUAUUAGAGCAAAUGCUAAAGUGCAAUAAAGUUUAUGAGCGGAGCAAGCAGCGUAUUCGACUCAGGGAAGUGGGAUACUCUGGACUGGGUCUGUUACUUAAUGAAGCACCUGUCACAACAUUGCUAAUCAAGAGCCUUCUAAACCAAGUUCUUGUUGCAGACCCAGUUAUAAAUUAUAAGGACCUACUGGCAGUUGUGCAUUUGUCCCACAGAGCAGACAUUACAGUUAGAACUGCCAUCUGCAGGAAGAUCCUACAACUUUUACAGGUCAAACCUGAUGCGGCACAUCAGAUUACCCAACAAACAGGCUGGCAGGAGACCUUGGCGAGGUACUUCUUGAAAGAAAGCUCAGCAUCCAAGAACAGUUUUAGGGAGCAUUAUGAAGAAAAUGUUAAGGAAGAAGACAAGAGUUCAAUAAAUGAAGAGCAAAGGAGGAACUUAUCAGAGUGGCCAGCCGAUGGAAAACCUGAUUUAAUCGCAGCAGAUAAUGCUAGCACCAGUUGGUGUGCAGAGGAAAGCACAUCCUUGAACUCAAGUAUUCAGUCCACAUGCACGUUACUAGAUGAAGAUGAGGGUUCCUUUAGUUUAGCUCAGCUAAGAGUAGAGGACCCAGAUGAGGUGUGCCCCAGGGACCAUUCACAUCUAACUUUGGAUCUGGCACCUUUUGAAUUAGGUGAUAAUGGGAAUCAUACAUCUGGUAGCCCGAACAGUACGCCAUCACCUGUAGAGGUUUCAAAGUCUUUUGCAAUGAAUCAGUCAGAUAAGGAAUCAAUCAGCUCAAAUGACUUAGUCUUCAGGGAUGACCUCUCACUCAGUAUCAGCUUGGAAAACAGAGAGGAUGUUGAGGAGGAACUUGUGCAGCUGAUGACUGAUAUCCUACUCUGCUUAAUGUGGAAAGGUCUUGACAAAUCAGAUAAUGCGACAUGGAUCGAAAGAGGCCAAGUAUUCUCUGCACUGACAAAACUGGGCGUAUCCAAUGAGCUAUUACGUCCAUUAGAUGAAAUUAAGUUAAACUUAUUAGAAAAAAUGUCAGAAUGGGCAGUGACUGAGAACAGAGAGGCAAAAUCUUUGCCCAUUCAUGCUGAAAAUGCAAACAGACUGUUGCACAUAGUACAAGAUUUCCUGCAAGCUGAGGGACUUGUAAACUCCAAUCUUUGGACUGAAAAGUUGCUUGAAGAGAUAGUGACUCUCAUGGACAGCCUGUCAGUUUGGUAUUCAGCUAGCUCCGAAUCUGCCACUCUUGCUCAAGUAGAGUUUCGUCUUCUGCUGGGUUUCAUUUCUCAAAACAAUCUGCAGGUAUGUGCUAUGGCUACAGCAAAGCUCAAUACCCUGUUACAGACAAAAGUAUUCGACAACCAAGAGGAAGCGUGUUACCUUUUAGGGAAACUGGAAGGUAUCCUCAGCAAAUCUAUAAGGGAGAAAACAGAGACCUAUCCAUUUCUUAUACCCAUAGUGCGGACCCUGGUAACAAAAAUCUACCAGCUGCUUUAUAUGAACCUACACCUUCCUUCACUUCCAUCCACCAAUGGCAGCCCCUCCUUUUUUGAAGACUUCCAAGAGUACUGCAAUUCAGAUGAAUGGAGAGUCUACAUUGACAAAUAUAUCAUUCCAUACAUGAAGCAGUAUGAAGUAAACACAUACAGCAAAAGUCACGAACAAAUGGCUCUGUACUGGAAGGACUGUCAUGAAGGUCUAAUGGUGAAUGUGCAUAAACGUGAAAGAGAAAGGGGAGAAAGCAAAUUAAAAUUUCAGGAAUUCUUUUUAGAACCAUUUAAUAGAAAGGCACGUCAAGAAAACUCUCGCUACAACAACAUGUUGAAACAAAUCAACAGCCAGUAUACAGCAACACUAAGGCAGUGGAAAGCUGCAAAGAGAUACUUGUACUGUGAACAAGGACCAUGGGCAGACAGAAAAGAGAACUGGGACCACUGGAAACUCUCCAACGUAGAAAACUAUUCUCGAAUGCGGCUAAAACUGGUGCCAGAUAACAACUUUGAUCCACAUUUGGAAGCCAGUGCUUUGCGGGACAACCUAGGAAUCCAGCAAACUGAGCCAUCAAGGGAUUCUCUGCUGCUGGAAGCCGCAAAGCAAGUGAAAGUCAGUGACCUUGAUGAUGAUGGCCUGGAACUCCUAGAGGAGGAAAACACUGUGAACAUAAAUGAAAAGGAGGAGCCAAGUCAGAACGAGAAGCCUGUGCUCUGUGAAGACUGUGAGCUCAUUACAGUAAUGGACGUGAUAUCUGGCUGUCUGGAAGUGACCACACAACACAUUUAUUUCCAUGAUGGAAGCACUGAAAAAGAAGAAGGUGUGGGAUUUGAUUUCAAGUGGCCACUUUCCCAGAUCCGGGAAAUUCACUUGCGUCGGUACAACCUAAGAAGGUCAGCCUUGGAGAUAUUUCUAAUUGACCAGACAAAUUACUUUCUAAACUUCAAGAAGGAGGUGAGAAAUAAAGUGUAUAGUCGGAUACUUUCACUUCGUUUGCCAAAUAUUAAUGGGACCCGGUCACCACAAGAGCUCCUAAAAGAAUCCGGCCUGACACAGAAAUGGGUGAACAGAGAGAUUUCAAAUUUUGACUACCUCAUACAGCUGAACACUAUAGCCGGGAGAACAUACAAUGACCUUGCACAAUACCCUGUGUUCCCUUGGGUGUUGCGAGAUUAUACCUCAGAACAGUUGGAUCUAAAUAACCCAGCGUUUUUUAGGGAUUUAUCCAAACCUAUCGGGGUGGUGAAUGAGAAAAAUGCUGUAAUGGUUCAAGAAAAGUAUGAGAAUUUUGAAGACCCUCUUGGCACUAUUGACAAGUUCCAUUACGGUACACACUAUUCAAAUGCUGCUGGAGUGAUGCAUUUCCUUAUCCGAGUGGAACCUUUCACCACUAUGCACAUACAGCUCCAGAGUGGAAGAUUUGAUUGUGCUGAUCGUCAAUUUCAUUCCAUCCCUGCCACCUGGCAAGCUCUUAUGGAUAAUCCAAAUGAUGUGAAGGAACUAAUACCAGAGUUCUUCUAUUUUCCAGAGUUUUUGGAGAAUAAAAAUGGAUUUGAUUUGGGGAGAUUACAGAUCUCCAAGGAAAAAGUGAAUGAUGUUAUCCUUCCUAAAUGGGCCGAAACACCAGAAGAUUUCAUCAUUAAGCACAGAAAAGCACUGGAAUCUGAGUACGUGUCUGCUCACCUUCAUGAGUGGAUAGAUCUGAUCUUUGGGUACAAGCAGAGGGGACCAGCGGCAGUAGAAGCUCUCAAUGUAUUUUAUUACUGUACUUAUGAAGGAGCUGUAGAUCUGGAUGCCAUUGCUGAUGAAAAAGAAAGGAAAGCAUUAGAAGGCAUGAUCAACAAUUUUGGGCAGACACCGUGUCAGUUGUUAAAGGAGCCACAUCCAGUGCGUCUUUCUUCCGAAGAGGUUUUGCUGAAACAGGCCAAGCUAGAUAAUGCAACCUUGAAUUUAUUCCAAAACUUGACUGAACUGAAAUCAUUCUUCAUAAAGGGGAUCUGUGAUGGCAUCCCUAUUGUCAAGGCUGUUGUCCCAAAGAAUCAGUUACGUUCCUUUAUGUCUCAGGGGAGCCCAGAGACUCUGGUAACAAUAAGCCAAAAUGUAAUUAUUGGGAUGCACAGUUGGCUGCCUUACAACAAAACUGUCUCCAAUUAUUUCACAUUCAUCAAAGAUUCAACUGUAUCUAAUCCAAAGACCCAGCGUAGUGUUACUGGUCCCUUCGCACCUGGUCUUGAGAUAACCUCCAAACUGUUUGUGGUGUCACAUGAUGGGAAGAUAUUGUUCAGUGGUGGACACUGGGACAACAGCAUUAGAGUAACGUCUCUCACCAAAGGCAAAGUGAUUGGUCACCACAUUAGGCACAUGGAUGUUGUGACAUGUUUAUCCACUGAUUACUGUGGAAUACACCUGAUUUCUGGUUCUCGGGACACCACAUGCAUGAUCUGGCAAAUAGGCCAACAGAGUGGCGGUUCUGGGGACAUAUCUGCUAAACCUGUACAGAUUCUUUAUGGACACACAGAUGAAAUAUCCAGUGUCAGCAUUAGCACGGAACUGGAUAUGGCUGUAUCCGGAGCCAGGGAUGGAACAGUGAUAAUUCAUAGCAUUCGGAGAGGACAGUACAUGAUGACAUUGAAGCCUCCACAUGAAAGCUCACUUCUCUUCACUAUCCCUAACCUGGUUGUUUCUUGGGAUGGACACAUAGUUGUCCAUAGCAGCAUUGAAGGGAAAGUGUCUUUAAAGAAUAAGAAUACAUUGCAUCUGUACAGUGUGAACGGCAAGUACUUGAAAUCGGAGAUACUGAAUGAAGAUGUGACAGACAUAUGUGUGAGUGCGGAGCAUAUCGUUCUUGGCAGCAAACAGGGGUUCCUUUCCAUACGAGAUCUCUAUAGCUUGACUCUGUGCCUCCCCUCUUUGGCCAUGCGAGUCCCAAUCCAUUGUGUUUCUGUGACUAAAGAGAACAGCCACAUCCUGGUGGGUCUAGACGAUGGCUUGUUGAUUGUUGUUGGAGUGAGACGUCCAGCAGAGGCUUGUGGGAGUUGUGCCUGUCAGCACAUUAGUGCGAAUACCUUGGCAAAACAAGGCCAGAUAUCCAGAAAGCUCUGGGGUUCCAGCAGACGACUCAGCCAGUUCUCAUCUGGAGAGACUGAAUAUAACACACAGGACUCCUAGGGACUCAUGCUUGUGUCACUACAAAUACUAUUUUAUUGUACAUAGGUUGGCUGUAUACUCAGUCCCUUUGAGAUCAUCCUAUGGAGUUUAGGAAAUAUGUUCUUGAGUAUUUUUCUUCCAGUUCAUAAUGCUGCUUUACCCUUCCUGCUACCAGAAUCACCUUAAAUGCACUACACCUCCCGCCUGGUAGCAAUGGCAUAAAUGAAUUGGUGUAAACAGCACAACAAAAAUCAAUCUUGUAUUGCACUACAGAAACAGAAUUACAGAUUGUAAUGGGGCCAUUUGCUGGGAAGUUUUGCAUUUUUUUGUAUAUUUUUUAAUAAUUAAAUUAAUUUUAACAAUUGAGGGCUUCCAAAUACUACCAGGAUGUGAUACUGCAUUCAACUUUUGUUAUGUAAUAUACAAGCAACACUACUACUGCGUUCUUAUCUAUGGCAGCCUUUAUGUAUUAGCUGCAGUAUAUUUUUACUGCAAAUAGGAAUUUGAUACAAGCUCUAAAAUGCCAAACUAUAAAUCAGAACUUGGUACAGUCAAUUGGUAUUUGUCUGUUUUCAUAAUCUGUUGCAUUUGCUGCGUCACUUAAAAAGAUUGUUUAGUGUGCAGCACAUGUAUGAAGCAAGAACAAGAUAUCAUUUAGUAUUUAGCAAGCUUAUUUUAUAACGUGUGUCUCCAUAUUGCAAUGUAGUUAAUACCUCUCUGCAUCAAAUGUACAGCAACAUUAAUAUUGUCAGUCAUUUAUCUGCUGAUUAUGUAUUUUACUACAGUAUUGCUGUAUAAUACAUUCUUUAGGGUCUAGAGGCCUCACAUAAAAUGUAUUCCCAUUCCCAGCUCUGAUUUUGAGCUUUUAUUGUGAAUCCUCUGUCUUAUACAUUGAUGGAGAUUCGUCAACAUAACUGACACAGUUGCAAACUGAAAUCCUUUAAUUCCUCUGGAAAUUACUUGAAUAUGGGAGCAGAAAGAAUACCAAGCAUUAUGAUGCUCUGUGGAUAUGUAUCUGCCUCUGGAACAGGCUCUUUGGUCAAUUUGCAGCCCAGUUGUCCAUCUAAUUAAAAACGUUCUGUAUUUUAAACAUUUUAAGAUGUCUAAUAACUUUCCCCUCUUAUUAUGAAAUUUUUGAUUGGGCACUCCUUAUUUACUCAGCAUUGGAAAUCAGUGACAAAUUAAAGGGACAUAAAACCCCAACAUUUUCCUUCAUUAUUCAGAUAGAGCUUGCCAUUUUAAACAACUUUACAAUGCUUUUCUAUUGUCUAAUUUUCUUAAUUCUCUUGGUAUCCUUUGUUGAAGAAGCAGCAAUGCACUACUGGGAGGUAACUGAACACAUCUGGGGAUUCAAUGACAAAUAUGGCAGCCAUCAAUCAGCAGAUAGCUCACAGUAGUGCAUUGUUGCUCCUGCGUGUACCUGGGUACCAAGAGAAUGAAGCAAAUUAAAUAAUAGUACAUUGGAAAUUUUGUUUCAAAUUGCAUACUCUGUCUAAAUCAUGGGAGUUACAUGUUGGCUUUACUGUCCCUUUAAAGGAUCCCAUAAGCACCCCUUAGUCAUCAAAAAAGCUACAUAAGUCCACCAAGACUUCAGGAAGCCACACUGAACUAUAAAAUUGUCCUAUAAAUCAAUGGUUCCUAUAAGCACCUUUGCACAUGAAACAAAUCGGAUUAGAUGGCAGCGGAUACUUUGUUACUAAUCAUCUUUUCCUAUGUAUGUUUUUAAUUUUAUACUAUAGAAGUAACAAUGAAGCUAAAAAAAUAAAUAAAAAAAUGAGUUUCUCCGCAGGGCUUUUUGUUAAUGAAUGUGACCAAUAGCCCAAAGUCACUCAAAGGGCAGUUGGCUACACGUUUUUUUCUUCAUUAAAAGGUGAACAUUUAAUGCACAUUCUUGAUUUACAACACUCUGCAAUUGUAAUCCUCAAUUUGAAAUGAAAUUGCAGGGCCUUUUACACAAGAGAGCAAUUCAAUAAUCACUGCACGAUGGUCAUAUAGUUGUGUUGGGGUGCUUCAGUACCCUAACCAUGCACAGAUGUCUGUGUAUUGUGUUGUGUAAUUGAUGCCAUGGCAAACAGUUACCCAGUCCAGGACUAAUGCACUUGCAUUUCUCAUGAUUGUGACAGACAAGCUUUGGUUCCAAUACUACUACAAAAGGAUUGUACUUGAUAAUAAAAAAGCAGUGUUUAUUCUUUCUCUCAUACCACAAGUGCUUCUCUAUACAAUAUAUCAAGCACUUGCUUUCUUAAUAACAGUAGGGAAAGUGAGGGGGUUGCUGCAAUCUGUUCAACACACUAAUUCAAGUUGCCUUAAGUUGGUGUUCUAAUAAAGAGCCAAGUAAAUCAUGUGUAAUGCUGCAACAAAACAUUACGCUAGAAUAAAAACAGCCCAUUACACAGUGGGGACUCAACAGCACUGUGGUUAAGAGUUCCACGAUAUACGUUUUCUGACGCAUUUGAUUAAACUUACACUACAGACUUAUUUAUUUGAACUCUUAAGCUGCCCUCAACAUACUGAAAUGUAAAUCUUGCAAUUGUGUGAGCAUCUGCACAUAAGAACAUUGUAAUUAUUUGUGUAUGGAGAUGUUUUUCACUUAUACCUCUUAAGUUAUUACAAUAAUAUGAAUCCAAAUAUACAUGGGACUAUUGCCUUUUUAUGAUAUGAAACUAGACAGUCUUUUAAAUGAUUUACUUUUCUGCAGGGUGAGAUUGGUAACUUUACAAUGCAGUGCUUUAAGUUAUGUAUUUAUAUGCAUGGAUAUCCCAGUAAUAAUAAUUUAUUAAGUGCAAAGAGAUUUUAACAAACCACAGUUAAAGCCAUUGUGUAGUUGGCCUUUAUUAUUUGUCUAGAUUCCACAAACUGUGGAACAAUUUCAGCUUUUAGGUUUUAUUUUUUUUGUUCUUAACUAUUUAGGUUAUAUACCAAAACAAUGUAUAGCUUUGUACAAAUGGGGAUAUAAUGUACUAUUUAACGGUAAUUACUGAAAAUAAUUCUUAAAACUAACCCCAGGAUCAAUAAUCAGGUGUAACAUUAUCUUUUUCAUGGCUUAUUUACAUAUAUCUAAGUAAAAAUGUUGCAUAAUGUGUUUUUAUUUAAUUUGCAGAUUAUACUUAACUAAACUUGAUUAAGAGAGUUUAUUUGUCUCAAAAUAUGGUUAAGUAUCCCAAGUCAAAGCAGUUCAGCACUACAUAUAUUAUUUGUACAUAUUAGUUCAAAAUCCUAUGGCUUCUAGUAUUAAAUAGUAUAAAGGACUUUAUUUAAAUUUCAGGUAUUGCACUCUAAUUUUCUGCUUGGCUUCAGCUGGGAACUUGCAAAGGCCAUGCAGUCGCAAUUAUUAAUUAAUCGCCCUUGUGUCUGGAAAUCAGUUUACAACAAGAAAACUCGUAUUUUGAAACUGAACGUUUGCUUUAUAUGACAAUCAUGUAUUAAAAUGUUUUAUAUAGUUGUAUUACCUUGCUUUCUGCUCAACAAACAGUAUAUCUGCACAUUCGGAUCAAGACACAAAGCACAGGGGAUUUUGUAAGGCAUGUUAAAAAUAUAUUAUGGCUUAUUACACUACUGUUAAAAUGAGUUCUGCUGACAAACCUCUGGGCUUUGCAUAUCUUACCAUAUCAAAUGAUAUCUCUUUACUCGUAUGUUUUAAAUUUCCUCAUUAUUGUUUGUGCAAUAUCUUCUUUUUAUCUUGAAGUGUAUAUGGUUACUUACACCUAUGUUUGAGAAAAUAUUCUCUUUUGAUCAGAAAAUUUAAUAACGUGUUUGUGUAUAUUAGUUCUGUUUACUGUACAGGGUGAUUUUGGAUGUUUUUUUGUUUGUUUUUUAAAUAUGUUGCACUUUUUUAGGACCUUCCAAUUUGUAAACGGUAACAAAUUAAUAUUUUGUACAGAGCAUAAUUAAAUUGACUUUUGUACAUAACUGCGAGUCUCAAAGCCAAUAAACCUUUGAAUAAAUCUA